AUGUCCAUGGCACCCACUUUGCAGCCGCAGGAUGGCCUGGCCGACUCCUCCCAGCCUCCCACGAUUGCGGCUUUUUCUCCCUCCACUAUCGCCGGUUCGGCUUCGACCUCACGGCAACGGUCCAGUGUGAUCGUCCAUCGCAAAUCCCCCCUACUGGUGGCCACGCCGCCCGCCAUCACCAGAGCGCUCGCAUAUUCCCAUCCUUUCCUUCUCCCGUUGAAUAAGCUGGUCGGCCUGCUCACAUGGACAACGGGGGAUCCAUGGCAAAGCUUCUUGCUUGUCGCUACAUUUUGGACCGUGGUUCUCUACAGCGAUGUGAUCAUUCUACGGACUGGUCCGAUUCUGGUCGUGGUUGGUUUGAUCCUCGGCAUGUACAGCCGUCGUUACUCCCCAUUAUCGUCGACCACCUCGACAGGCGAGAAGCACCGGCGAAAAGCCUCCACAGAAAGCAGCCGGCAGCAGAAGAGCUUGGAUGAUAUUGUGGAGACUUUGCGUAUCUUUACCACACGGUGUCAUAUUCUUCUCGAGCCGUUACUCGAGUUAACAGACUUCCUCUCGACCCAACGGACGCCGACCUCAGCGACAACACGCCCAGCUUUAGUGGCCCUCUUCGUGCGCAUUCUCCUAGUGACCCCUGUGUGGAUCAUCUUGACCCUCCCUCCUUUCCGCAUCAUCACCAGCAGACGUGUCGUCAUGUGCGUCGGAACGGUUGUUCUCACCUAUCACUCGAGACCCGCCCGAGUCUCGCGCGUGAUCCUGUGGCGCUCGCGAGCCGUGCGUCGCGUAUUGUCGAUAAUCACAGGGCUGUCGAUCGCCGACGGCUCAACCAACAAUGAAAAGUCAAGCACCCAGAAUCAGGGUCUGAAUAUUACCAGUCGACGACGAGGAAACUCAUCAGGCGUGCGCUUUACAUUUGUCGUGUAUGAAAAUCAGCGCCGAUGGCUUGGAAUUGGCUGGACAUAUUCUUUGUUCCCAUCUGAGCGGGCCCCCUGGACAGAUGAACACCUGAACCCGGUCUCUCCCAAAGAUAGUUUCGAGUUGCCUGAUGUGCAAACCGGGGAUGCCAAGUGGCGAUGGGUGGAAGGCAGCGAGUGGCGCAUUGAAGGAGUCGAUAAUUCCGGAAAAGGAAAAUCUGUCCAAAAAAGUUCCAGUGAAGGAUGGGUUUAUUAUGAUAAUAAGUGGAACGACGGCCGACGAGGCCAGGACGGAUGGGAUCGGUACACGAGACGGCGCAAGUGGUAUCGAGACGCCGAAUUGAUAGAUUCCCAGGAGAAACCCUCCGAAGCCAUCUCUCACCUCACACAAGCCCUAGAAAGAGACCGAGACCGAGACCGAGCGCGAGACAAGAAGGAAGAUGAUAUCGAAGCCAAGAGUCUCUCUCACGACUCACCCCUAAAAUCACGACGUCGGCGAUGGUUCAGCGGUAAAGAAGACUCGAAAGAAGAGGGUGUAGAACACCCCAGCCGCGGAUCCUCCUCCGUCGACCUUGGCUUCACAAGUGGUGCCAAAUUGACGGAUACCCCCGGCUCAAGCCAUUCUCGACCCACGCGACCCGUCAGUAUUCAGGGUUCUCGUCGGUCAUCACAUUACAGUGCCAGCGGCCGAGAAGGAAGCAGUCUGACGACGAGUGAUAGUGCUAGUCUGCGAGAGAAAGACGCGGCCAAAUUACAUGACCGCGUGGACAGAUGGAGCACUCGGGCCGCCGGGGGCACGGAACGCGCGGAACGAGAAAUGGGACUAAGUGAUGAAGUGCAGAUGGCUCUGAGUUGA